ACGGCGGAAGCGGCUCGCACGCAGGCGCCGCCAUGCCCGGGGACCACCGCCGCAUACGCGGACCUGAAGAGUCGCAGCCGCCGCAGCUGUACGCUGCCGACGAGGACGAGGCGCCCGCCGCCCGCGACCCGACGCGACUGCGGCCCGUUUACGCGCGCGCCGGGCUGCUGAGCCAGGCCAAGGGCUCGGCCUACCUGGAGGCGGGAGGCACCAAGGUGCUGUGCGCCGUGUCGGGCCCGCGCCAGGCAGAGGGCGGCGAACGCGGCGGCGGUCCGGCCGGAGCGGGCGGCGAGGCCCCGGCCGCGCUGCGCGGUCGCCUGCUCUGCGACUUCCGCCGCGCGCCCUUCGCGGGCCGCCGGCGCCGCGCGCCUCCGGGCGGCGGCGAGGAGCGCGAACUGGCGCUGGCGCUGCAGGAGGCGCUCGAGCCGGCGGUGCGCCUGGGGCGCUACCCGCGCGCGCAGCUCGAGGUGUCGGCGCUGCUGCUCGAGGACGGUGGCUCGGCGCUGGCCGCCGCGCUCACGGCUGCCGCGCUCGCCCUGGCCGACGCGGGCGUCGAGAUGUAUGACCUGGUGGUGGGCUGCGGCCUGAGCCGCGCGCCGGGGCCCGCGCCCACCUGGCUGCUGGACCCCACGCGGCUCGAGGAGGAGCGCGCCGCCGCCGGCCUCACCGUGGCGCUCAUGCCCGUGCUAAAUCAGGUGGCUGGGCUGUUGGGCAGCGGGGAGGGCGGCCCGACUGAGAGCUGGGCCGAGGCCGUGCGUCUGGGCCUCGAGGGCUGCCAGCGCCUGUACCCGGUGCUGCAGCAGUGUUUGGUGCGGGCCGCCCGGCGGAGGGACGCCGCCGCCCCGCCCUGAACCAGAAGCCUGAGCAACGAGGGACACCGAGGACCGUGCUGUUGUCGUCCCCGAAAGGACCCGAGCUGUCGGCCUAAGAAGCUGGAGCACCGGAGAGGAUCUGGGGAGGCGCGCACUGAAGUGUUGCAUUGGAUGGCUGUGUUGGAACGGUUUUUUGAAACUGUUCCAUUAAAGGAACUUUUCUGCUUGAGUUGGUUCCCAGCAGCCACCCAGUUGAAGGAACCUGUAUGAUUGCAGCCACACUCCCAAGCCGGGAAGGACUUCACCUAGACUUGCCUGUUGCUUGGAAAUAGAGACUUGGAGCUAUUGUCUGAUAAGGGAUGGGCCCUCUGCAGGCCAGCUAGUGACUCCCUCCGAUAUAACUGGGUUACUUUGAAGAGGAUGGACAGGAUGAUGUACCUUCUCACAUCUGAGCUAAACCAAAAACCCUUUUUUA